GCUACACUCAACACCGGGGAUGAGUCUCAUCCUCACACACACAGCGCUUCCUACUGGAAUACACACACAAUACACGUACUACACACUACACAAACACAAUACAUACACACAGUCAGAAUACACGCACAAUACACAUACUACACACUACACAAACACAAUACAUACACACAGUCAGAAUACACGCACAAUACACACACUACACACUACACAAACAACACACUACAUACACAUAUUACACACUACACAAACAACACACUACACGCACAAUACACAUACUACACAGUACACAAACAACACACUACAUACACACAGUCAGAAUACACGCACAAUACACAUAUUACACACUACACAAACAACACACUACACGCACAAUACACAUACUACACAGUACACAAACAACACACUACAUACACACAGUCAGAAUACACGCACAAUACACACACUACACAAACAACACACUACAUACACAGUCCAAAUACACGCACAAUACACAUACUACACAAACACAAUACAUACACACAGUCAGAAUACACGCACAAUACACACACUACACACUACACAAACAACACACUACAUACACAGUCAGAAUACACGCACAAUACACAUACUACACACUACACAAACAACACACUACACGCACAAUACACAUACUACACAGUACACAAACAACACACUACAUACACACAGUCAGAAUACACGCACAAUACACAUAUUACACACUACACAAACAACACACUACACGCACAAUACACAUACUACACAGUACACAAACAACACACUACAUACACACAGUCAGAAUACACGCACAAUACACACACUACACAAACAACACACUACAUACACAGUCCAAAUACACGCACAAUACACAUACUACACACUACACAAACAACACACUACAUGCACAGUACACAUAUUACACACUACACAAACAACACACUACAUACACACAAUAAGAAUACACACACGCUACACAAACAACACACUACAUAGACUCAGUCAGAAUACACACACACUACACACACUACACAAACACAGUCAGAAUACACGCACAAUACAUACACUACACAAACAACACACUACAUAUACACACAAUACAUACACUACACAAACAACACACUAUAUACACACAGUCAGAACAGAAUACACACACAAUACACACACUACACAAAGACACUACAUACACACAGUCAGAAUACACAUACAAUACACACUACACAAACACACUACAUACACACAGCCAGAAUACACACACAAUACACACAAUACACACAUUUCACAAACAACACACUACAUACACACAAUCAGAAUACACACACAAUACACACAUUACACAAACACACUACAUACACACAAUCAGAUUACACGCACAAUACACACACUACACAAACACACUACAUACACACAGUCAGAAUACACACACAAUACAUACACUACACAAACAACACACUACAUACAUACAGUCAGAAUACACGCACAAUACAUACACUACACAAACACACUACAUACACACAAUACAUACCUAUGACACAUACACUACAUACGCAUACACUACACACACUACACAUACUACACACAAUACAUACACAUGAUUCAUACACUACACAUGCACACACUACACACAGUACAUACCCAUGAUACAUACACUACACACAGUACAUACCCAUGAUACAUACACCUGCGUGCACACACACACAAGCUCAAGCCCCUGUACCACUCUAUCAUUCCACUUUCCACUUACUGAUGUGUUAACACCUGAAACUGGGGAGUAAAUCCAGAGUCUGUUCCAGGAACACUGGGUGUGAGGUAGGAAUACACUCUGAAUGGUUCACCAGUCUACUGCAAGGCACCAUACACACAU